CAAAUAGCCAGCAAAGACACGUAACUGGAAAGCAGAUACAUUGAUAUUUCAGGCAGAUGUGACCCAGGUUAGGCUAAUAUUCUUCAAUUCCUUUCGUUCACAAUAAUCCAUCAAGCCUUGUUUAAAGGUUACAAUUGAUCUAUUAGCAAAUGUGUUAAGUGUACUUUAAUCUUUACCAUGUAAAGAAUUGCCUCCUAACCAGUCCAGAAAGGCUAGACUAUUUUUGAUUAUGCCUCUUGUUAUGAAAUUAGAAACAAAAAUUACCCCAUCAUGAUCUGCUGGAUAUUUACAAGGACUUAUCUUUGGUUUGUAUUUCAGUUUAAGAAUUUCCAACAAUAUGUAAUAAAAAUCAGAAAUUGCUAGAAGCAUCCAGUUAGGCAACGAUGUGAAGUUUAUGUUUUUUGUCAUCACUCUUUAGUAAGAAGACUUGACACAUCAACAUUAUUUCUCCCUUUGCAGGUGUUACUUGAUCAACUGGAUGUUUCCAGUAUUUUCUGUUUAUUUGAUGUACACUCCCAUAAAUGAAAUACAAAGGACACAACUCUAUGAUACACAUCAGUCAGAGAUGAAAAAAGAAAUCUGAAAUUAGAAUACGAAAAUCACAGAAAUAUUACAGUACAGAAGGCAGCCGAUGGAAGCCUAUUAACAAUGCAAAAAUGAUCCAGAUAAUCUCACUCCCCCACCCUCCCCUUGGCCCUGCAACUUUUUUUCCCUUCAAGUAUUUAUCCAAUUUGCUUUCGAAGCUGCAUCCAUUACCCAACUUUCCCUGCCUUAGCUGUGCAUUCCAGAUCCAAACAAUUCAUUUCUAGUUCUUUUGUCAUUAGUUUCAUCCUGUGUCCACUGGUUUAGUGUCAUAGAGAGAUACAGCACAGAAACAGGCCCUUCAGUCCACCAAGUCUGCAAUAUCAAGCACAUGAUAUUUACAUGAAUAUGUAAAUAUUCAUCCUACAUGAAUCCCAUUUUUUAAAAAUUUUCCCCUCAUUUCCAUCAACUCCUCUCAGAUUCUACUUCUCACCUGCACUGCACAAUUUACAGUCAUCAGUUAACCUACCAACCCAUAUGUCUAAUGAACGUGGGAGGAAACUAGCGCACUCAGAGGAAACCCAUGCAGUCAUUGGAAGAAUGUGCAAACUCUACACAGACAGGACUGGAGGUCAGGAUUGAAUCCAGUUUUUUGGCGCUGUGAGGCAACGGCUCAACUAGCUGCACCAGUGUGCAGCUGGUAGAGGUUCUUGGCCUUUCCAACAUUCAGAAGAUUUCUCAUAAUCUAUUCUGUCUCGAUCCUUCACUAUUUUAAAUAUCUCCACAGAUUUCCUUUCACCUUCUCUUCCGAGGAGAACCACUCCCAUUACUCCAGCCUAUGUAACACAGGCUUUGACAUCUUUCUUAAAGAUUAAUACCCAGAACAGGAUUCAAUACUUCAGAUUUGGCCAAAUAAUUGCUUUAUAGAUGUCCAUUAUGAUUUCCUUGGUUGUAAUUUCUACCUCUAAAGCCCAGAAAGAUUUCUUCAACAGCUUUUUCAGUUUACUUUUUCAACCACUUUUGACCCAUUUACACAUUUUUUUGUCUGAUUUUGGCCAUAAUCUCACAAACCUUUAUAGAUUCAAGGUGGUGCCCAAGAACAGAAAAAGAUGUAAAUCUUGUGUUCAAAAAGGUGUACUGAUAAACCCAGUAACAGCAGACCAGUCAGAUUAAACUGAAUGAUGCAUAGAGUUCUAGAAACAAUAAUUAGGGAGAGCUACAGGUAUAUAUGCGUGGAUAAAUUGAUUCACAAAGCAUAGAGUACAAGGGCAAGCAAGUCACAACGAAUUUUUAUGAGACUAUGGUGCCUGUGAUGCUGCUACAAGUAAGUUUUUCAUUUCACCAGUGCACACAUCUACUUGUGCAUAUGACAAUAAACUCGACUUUGACUAGUUUGCCACAACUGCAGUAUUGUGUUCAGUACUGAGCACCACAUUUAAGAAAGAUGUAAAGGCUUUGGAGCAGGUUCACAAGAGAUUUACUGAAAUGAUUUUAGGGAUAAGGGACUUUAGAUACACUGAUAGACUAGAAAGGCUGGGAUUUUCUGGAAUACAAAGCGGUGCGAGGAGAUCCAAAAUAUUUCAAGUUAUGAAGGAUUCAGACAGAGUACAUGGAGAAAAAUAAGAAAAUAAAAAACUGCUUUAAUUCUUAAAUAAAAACAGUAAAUGCUGGAAACGCUCAGCAGGUCAGGCAGAUGAAGAACUUGAUACGUUAACCCUGUUUCUCUUGCCGCAGUUGCUGCCUGACCUGUUUGAUCCAGGUAACUGGUCCCAUUGAUAGAAGGGUCAAGAACAUAGGAGCGAAGAAAUGAAGCUGAUUCGCAAGAGAACCAAUUGUUUAUAGUCCGGAAUAAACUGCCGGUGAUGGUAAUGGAAGCAUACACAACAGUAGUAGUGGACAAUAGAGUGCUGGGCAAGUGUCUGAAAGGAAGAAGGGCAAGGAGUAGAUUAUUUUUACCUAGAGCCGGUUCAGAUUAGACGGGCGGAAUGGCCACCAGUCGUGCUGUAACCAGUCUGUAAUCUCACUGCUCCUGGACCGCUUGUGGAUCUAAACUGUGAGAUACAAUCUCUUAACAUUUGAAUGCACUUGCAGUUAAUGUGAUAAAAAUACGUGAGGGUAAGAUUAUUUCCGACACAAUGUACACCAGCAGGCCGAGUAACUGCGUCGCCCACACGGCCAAGUCAGCCCGCAGAAGCGCGGGUUCGCGUCGCCGACCGGGCCCGGGGGCGCGCGUCGCCAGGCGGGCGUCUGCGCGCACUCCCACAAGCCUCCACGGCGGUGUUGUGCAGCCGCCGCCAUGUUGAUCGAGGCGCGUGUGGAGCCGCUUUGGAGGUGAAUGCGGAGUCGGAGCGGGAACCGAGCCGAAGGAAGCCGCCGAGGCCGAGCUGUGAACUGAGGCGAGCCGAGGGGCAAACAGCUGAAGGGACCGCGGAGCCUUUGUGAAGAGCCUGGAGACGGCGGCACCCCAGACACCGACAAUAUGGAAGCCGUCAACGCCUUUAACGACGAGCUCUUUUCCUUGAUGGAACUAAAGCCACCCAUUUCACGGGCAAAAAUGAUCCUUAUCACAAAAGCUGCAAUUAAAGCUAUUAAGCUUUACAAGCAUGUUGUGCAAAUUGUAGAGAAGUUUAUUAAAAAGUGCAAACCAGAGUUCAAAGUUCCAGGAUUGUAUGUUGUCGACUCUAUUGUUCGUCAAUCCCGUCAUCAAUUUGGAGCAGAAAAAGAUGUUUUUGGGCCGCGUUUCAGUAAAAAUAUCACUGCGACAUUCCAGUAUCUGUAUAAGUGCCCAUCUGAUGAGAAGAGUAAGAUCGUUCGUGUUUUGAACUUAUGGCAAAAGAAUUGUGUUUUCAAGAUAGAAGUUAUUCAGCCAUUAUUAGACAUGGCAGCUGGGACAACGCCAACUUCUGCUCCACCUGCUCUGGAAAAUGCUCCUAAUAAUACAAGUCCCCCUGUUGCUCCUCCCACACCUGCACAAAUUCCUCAGAUUACUUCUGAUUCUUUAUCUGCAAUGCAACAACAGCUACCCACUUCUGAUGCUUUUGUAGCUGUCGCUCAGCUUUUUCAGUCAACGCAAGGAGCACAGAUACAGCAGAUAUUGCAGAACUUCCAGCAGGCUCCAAAACCGCAGUCGCCAAUUGUAGACAGCGCCAUAAUGUCUCAAGUGGAGGCAAUAACUGCUCAAUUGAAACCACCCAGUACACAGCCUCCAGAGCAGAAAGCUGCCUUUGACAAGAAAUUGCUUGACCGAUUUGAUUAUGAUGAUGAGCCAGAACAAGUUGAUGAAGUAAAGAAAGAAGAGUCUACUCCUCCACCUGCUCAAACUUCUUUUGGCUAUUCUGGAGAAGGUAUACAGCCACCUAUGUAUCAGCAGCUUGGAAUACGACUGCCAAAUAUGGAACAAUUUCAGCAAACUUUGAUGGGUCUUCAACAGGAAACAUUGCAACAACAGAUGCCUCCACCUCCCAAUGGCCAACUACCGACUUAUGGGAUGGUUCCUGUUCAUCCUUAUGCAGCUAUGCCUCAGCCUACUAUGCCUCCCGUACCACCUUUACAGCCUGUUUUUCAGCAAGACUACCAUACUCCCACUGAAGUACCACAGCAACAGCAGCAGCAACAACAACAACAACAAGAAGUAGAUAUGGAGAUUGAAAAGCCCGAUAUACAUGAAACAAAACGUCGUAGUGUUGAAAAUAGACGAUCACGCACUCGAUCUGGAUCCAGAUCACCAAAGAGGAGACGUUCUCGGUCUGGUUCUAGGUCCCGAAGAUCAAGACAUAAACGUUCUCGAUCACGAUCCAGAGAAAGACGUAGGCACUCUCCUCGAUCCCGAAGUCAAGAAAGACGUGAGCGAGAAAAGGAGCGAGAACGGCGGCAAAAAGGGCUUCCGCCAAUUAAGUCUAAAAUUGUCAGCGUUUGCAGCACAACACUCUGGAUAGGACAGCUGGACAAAAGAGCAACACAGCAGGAUGUUGCAAAUCUUUUGGAAGAGUUUGGCCAGAUAGAAUCUUUGAAUAUGAUUCCCCCAAGAGGUUGUGCUUACAUCGUGAUGGUUCAUAGACAAGAUGCAUAUCGAGCCUUACAGAAACUUAGCAGAGGAACAUUCAAAGUUAAUCAAAAGCCUAUAAAGAUUGCCUGGGCCUUAAACAAAGGAAUGAAAGCAGAAUACAAGCAGUUUUGGGACGUGGAGCUUGGGGUCUCUUACAUCCCUUGGGAUAAAGUUAAACCAGAAGAACUAGAGCGUUUAUGUGAAGGAGGAAUGCUGGACAGUGAAACACUUUGUCCAGAAUGGAAGAAUAUUACAAAGCCGCCAGCAACUGUUCCCGAUACUUCUGAAAAUGGCAGCACAGCAGUAACACAAUCAGAAGAAAUGCCUCAAACAUCCCUGCCCAUGCCUACACAGAUGCCUGGAGUUCAGCCAAUUCCAGCUGUUAAUAGACUCCAACCUCCGAAUUUUUCAACAAUUCCACCACCUACUUUCAAUCCAGGAGUGCCGCCACCACCGCCGCCGCCACCACCUCCUCCAUUUAUGCGUCCUGGUUUCAAUCCAGUCCAGCCACCACCUGGUUAUCUUCCUCCUGGAACUAUGCCUCCACUGAGUGCUGCAAUGCCCAUUGGAAAUACAGGAACUAACAUUCCAACGUGCGAGUCAUCCCAUCUUCCUGGAAACCAGAGUGGAACAACUCACGCUCCCAUGAUGAAUGUGCAACCACCAAGUCCUGGUCUUCUGGGUGCACGGCCUGGUUUAAUACCCUUACAAAGACCCCCUGGAGUUCCCCCACCUCAUUUACAGAGGUUUCCUGUUGCUCCACCACGUCCCCUGCUGCCACACUUACUACACAGAGGUCCACCACCUCCAGGACCAGGAGGAUUUGGAGUACCUCCACCUCAUGCCAUGCGGGGACCGUAUCCACCCCAGAAUGUUUUUGGUCGUCCUGGAGUGUCGUCUGAUGAUAGAGAUGGGAGACAGUUUAGGAAUGACAGACAUGGAUUUCCUCCAGGAAGGGAUCGAGAGCAAGAACAACGCUUUGGCAGAUCAGAAUUUAGAAAUCGUCCUUUUGGUGGAAAUCGAAAUGAAAAUGAGAAUCGCGAUCGCUAUGGAAAUCGACAUGAGGAAAGAGAUCAUGAUCGCCAUUGUGGUGCACGUGAGAGAAGGGAAUGGGGGAGGAGAAGCUCUGAACGAGAAAGACAUAGAGACUCGGAGGAAAGAAAUAGGCGGUCAAGUGGACAUAGGGAUCGUGAUUCACGAGACAGGGAAUCUCGCAGGGAUAGAGAUAUGGAUCAACGUGGAAAGGAAAACCCCGAAGAAAUUGAGGGCAAUGAAAAGCACCACAACUCUAAUGGAGAGACACAGGAAGAAAUAAUGAAACAAUCGGACGCGAUCCCAGUUCCUGAUUCUGCUCAAGGAGAAUGUAAUUCAUCGAAUAUGGAAUUGAAAGCUCCAGAGAUGGUGGAAUUGGCGCCUACCUCAUCUACUGAUCAACCUGAUAUGAAAGUUUCAGGCGCAACAGCGGAGGGUCAGUGAUAGAAACUAAUUGUAAUAAAGCACAUGAUGUGGUGAUGAUUGAUUUAUCCACCGCAAUAUUGUGCCAAGAAGCUUUAGAGUUGUAUAAAAAAAAUGAUGUAUAAAGUAUUUGCUUCUGCUAUCCCACAGCCCUGUCUAGUUUUAAAGGUUUUAAGCAAAUUGUUUGCUUUCCCCAGUAUUCAGAAUGACCACACAAUUUACUCCGCAGUCUGAACACCUGAUGACCAGAAAACAAAUCAAAUUUUUGCUGUACGUUUUUAAAAUUUUGACGUAAGGUAGAAGUGCUUUCUAUUCUUUUUAAUUUAAAAAAGAUAACAAACAGUGAAACCUUCUCCAAAAAUUGAGCUUAGGAUUUGUUUUUAAUAAACUCUAUUUUCUUAACAAACUUUAGACCGUGUGAUAUUCUUCCUCAGAUUUGUGGAGAAAAGAAUGUCAUGGGAUGGAAGAAUAAGAUUGUGAAACACCCUAAAGUUUGAUAUUUUCUAUAUCGGAAGCAAGUCUAAAUUAGACUCUCAUUAGUAUGUGUUCUUAAAAAAACGGAAAUUGUUUUUGAACAAACAACUGCAGCCCAAGACAGAUUGCUUUGCAAAGUGUAUUAUAAAAAUAUUAGUGUAUUUCACUGGUGAUGUAUAGAAAAAGAAUUAUAAAAUUGCCCACUCAAGAUCAGGAAACAAAUGGUCUGAACAGUACUUUGUUUUAGAACGUUUCUUGAAAGUUUAUUUGUUCAUUGCCCUUAAAUACAGACUGUUUCUUAAAAGUAACAGUUUUCCUGUUUUCUUCUCUUUUGAAUGUUAAUAUAGUUGCAAAAAGAGAAUAUGUUUACCGUUCUGAAAAUAGACAUAUUACAGCUAGGUUAAUGAAUGUUGUGUAGAUUUAAUAUAUAGCUGAGUAAGUAUUGAUUUAAUCAUAACUUAACACAAAUUAUUCAUCCACUUCUCGCAAAAACAAUGAUUUGAAUCACUUAAAAAUCUUAAUUAUAUAGGUGACCCCUGCGUUUAUGGGGGGGAGUUGCGUUCCUGGAAAAUGGCCCGUAUCGCUAUUUUCCAAAACGCAAAGCUGUGUCAUCUGCGCAUGCAUCAAGAAACAGUUUGAAAAAAGAUUUUGUGCUUAUUUACUUUUUCCACAUAAAUUCCAUAAGAGCGAAUUAUUCUGUCUUGAAGUUUUGGGUAGUGAUUUGUGAAUAGCUGUAACAUGGGGGUUGCCUGUACCUGGCUCUGAGGUAUUCCCAAAAGUAGGGUUUUUGAAUUGUUGAUGCUUGAUUCAUAUUGGUAAGUAACUUAAAUCUUUCUCCAACCAAAAAGCUGCUUGCUCCAGAUUUUAUUCCAACAAUUUGCCUUUUAGUUGGAGUGUGUCCAUUCUACUCAGAAACAAGUCAGAAUAAAACACACCAGUACGUGGAAGAGUAUUUGUAUUUGUUUUGGACUCCGAUGAAGCUUCGGCCUCUUGUUUCUUCAUCCUAUAUUAAUUUUGUCAUCCAGUGAAAAGUCAUGUUGACUUUGGGCCUUCUAUGAGUUUGAUAGCACACUAUAACUGUCGGGUCGAAUUGUGGAAGGUCACCAAAGCUCAUUUUCUCCUGUCAUUGUCGGUAAGUUUCUUCACACAAUGUUGUAAAGUAUAAAUAUUGUUAACAUUAAGGACUAACUUUCCAGUUUGGAGAUUGACAGGCAUCAAGCAGUCCCAAAUAAAUUACAGCAUGAAAAGACAAAAUAAAGCUACCUUCAUUUCACCAUUAGUGAAUAUUUCUGCAGUUUACUAUUUAUAAUGAAAUGCAAGAACAUGCAAAAGAUGCAUUUACAAUAAAUAAUAAGCAGUGGAAAUGUUCUUUUAUUUAGCCUUUCUUUCUUCCAACCUCAAAUGUAUUCAAUUUUUCCAUUUCGCCAUGAGCCUUGACUCAGUGGAAGCAUGUACUUCUGAAUCAGAGUUGUGGCUUCAGGCCCCACUCCAGAUUUGCAGCAGAAAAUCACAAAUGACUUAUGUGCUACACUGUGAGUGUAUUUUUUUUCAGCUAACAUCAAAAUGAAGGAUUUAUUCAAAUAUUUGGGGGGAUAAUGCACAAAUGCUAUUACACUUGAAAUCAGAUUGGCUACACUUCUGUAAUUUAUUGCAAAAUUCUUUGGGAUGUCUUGGGACUAGAAAUGCAAAUUCUAUUCAGCAAUGCGUGACUUACGAGAUUCUGUUCCAUGUUGUAUUUCCAUGUCUAGAUACCAUUCCAUCCAAUUUCAAUCGCAUUCUCGGAGUCAUUUAAAAAAAAAUGAAAAAUGUAUCAAUGGACCACACUACUGCUUUCUGGCAGUAGUUAGUUUUAUAAACUAGAAAAUGUAUGUCAUUUGACUUUUUGGUUUAAAAAAUUGCAUCCAGUAAUGAGUAACUUUCAUAGUCAUUCUGUUUGAAUUCAUCAGAGACAGUUUAAGUACAUGUUUUAAUAUUUUAGAGAAAGAUACUAUUUAAAGGAUAUAAUACACCAGUUCCUGAAUAAUUCUGGUGUGACCAUUUGCUAAGUUGAUUUUUGUUUCACAUUCCAUCUAGAUCAAGAGCAUGAUCAGAUAAGUAUAUGACUUUUGCAAAUGUAUGUGAUUCCUGAAUGUAACUCUGAAAGAUCAACUACUGUUUUGAUGCGUUUCUCAGUUGUUUUACUGAUGACACAUACUGAUGUGGAAUUUGCUUGAGUUUAUAUCUGUAAAUAGCUUGAUUCACUCUUUAAAAACUAUUUGCCUUGAUACCUGUACCUGUAAAAUUAUAUUAACUCUUUAAAAUUAACCUCAUCUUAAAAGCU